AUACAUAUACCCUACAUAUUGGUGUAUUAAGGGUAAAGUGGUUAGUGGGUACUAACUGUAAUCUUUCUAUUUUUAUAUCAUUCUUGAUUUUUAUUACAAACUCUCGUCGGCUAUUACGAAAACAACCGAAUUUGCAAAUAUCAUUUUUCAAAAAUGGUGAAUUCGAGUUUAGCAUAUGAAAUACUCUUAUAUAUAAAUUCAUUCUACUUCGGUUUGUUCGCCACAUGCGAGCUGGGAACAUUAAUAUUGAAGUCAGUAUUGAUUGGUGUAAAGUACGAUGAUAUGGAGAAAAAUAGAACGAGGCUUGGACAAGACUAUGGAGUGCUGGUGGCCCUAUUCAUUAUAGAAGCAGCUAGACUAUUUUUAGGCCGAAAAGGGAGCCUUAGCGAAAGAGAUAUCCCGGUGAUGUUCUCAGUGCUACUUACAGUUCCUUCUAUAGUGGGAGUACUUUACCUACUUAUAUGGCAGGUUGUCGUUUUAAGAAUUGAAUAUAUUUGGUGUACCCUGAUGCUUAUGCUACAGCUCUUGGAAUUCAUGUUUGCGUCCAUGUUUAUAGUGACAAUGUGCCGAGGACCGUCAUACGACUAACGAAAAAAAUAAAAAAAAUAUUUUAAAGUUAUUCAUAUAGAAAUGUUAUACCUGAUACAUUUUAAUCUUUAGUUUGUAUAAGGAUGGAACAAUUUGUAGUUUCACUUAGUUAUCGUCCUGACAAUUUUCUAUAUUGAUAUACGUGAUUUACUAAUACCAAAGAUGUGUUUAUAGAUUAUCAAUACCAAAUAGGAAUGUAAUUUUUUAAAACGUUAUUCAGAUUAUAAAAUAGGCAUAUUGGUAUGUUGAAAGUUCUUUAAGUAAAUUGAUAAUUGUGCCACAUUUAUACUAUAAUAAUGUACCGUGUAUAGGUGUGAAGUGAUCGUAGCCUUCCCUAAAGUUAUAACUAACCAAGUGAUGCGAGUGGCCUUUUGUAAAAUGUAGCUUUUUUAUCAAAUAUAAAUCUUCCAUUGUCCAUAGAAAAUAAAUAGAGAGAUUUUACAAAUUUUGUGAAAAAUAUAAAAAUUUUACCAUAUUGUUAGAUAGAUAUAUAUAUACAUGUUUGUGUGUGUAAUGUUGACAUAUAUAAUGUUUGUCCAAAUAUACUAGUCAUUUACACUGA